UCUCUCUCUCUCUCUCUCUCUCUCUCUCUCUUUCUUUUGCACUCGUGACUCCCCUCUCGACUUGCUGAUCAGCAGCAUGUCUUCUCACACCCCCGCAUCGCCGCCGCCUGCCAUCAACAUCACCUCCCACUCUCGCGCCUCCGCUCAUCUAGCCCCCUCACGUCCUUCAGGCUCUCGCACCGCUUCAUCAUCACGCUCACUCAGUGCUUCCUCCGCCAAUGUCAAAAGCACCAGCACCCAAGAGUCUCGGACCGGAUCUGAGGAAGAGGGGACGACGACGAUGAUGACGAUGAUGAUGAUGCCUCCUCCGCCGAAGAUUCCUGCUUCGAGGCUGUGGGACGCGAGCGAAGCGAAUGUGGUCAGAUCCAGAUCGGGCACUGUGCUCACCAGAGGAUUGGUGCUCAAGGCGGAUGGCGGAGCCAAACGUCCGCGUCUGGAUUUGCACCUGCAAGGCGCACCCAACUUUCGAAGAGCUGAUUGCGACGAAGUGUACGGCUGUGCUCAGCCCACUUCGGCAGGUCUACGAGGCGUGCUGAGCGUUCUCAAUUGUCAACCUGCUGGAAGCUCUUCCUACGCGCGAGGCAGACCGAUCGCAGGUGGUGUAGCUGCCGCACGAUCACGCAGUGCGGAUGUGAAGCGCGACGGCAAGAGGAGCAAUGAGGCGGUGUCGGCUAGUCCUAGACUGGACGCGCUGCCUGAUCAGGCGCGUGCAUUGGAUACGAGCGCAGAACAUCGAGCUGCUUCUGCUGAUCCACGAAUUGCGGAAGCUCAAAGAGCGAGGGAGAGGAGUUCGACGAGGCAGGCGGGUGGAACUGAAGAAGAAGAAAAAGCGCCAACGCGCAAAUGCGUGUGGUUCUGCACCCGAGAGGAACCGAUCAUCUACAUUGCCAAUCGACCAUACGUGCUUCGGGAGCUGGACAGUCCGAUGCAGACGUACAGCAUUUCUCAGAGAGCCGAUAAUCUGGAAGUGAUCGAGUCGAGAUUGAAGCAAGAUCUGCUGAGGGAAGCUUCGAAUUGGGGAGGCCUAGUCUUGGUGCACGAGGAGGAUGAGGAACAGAGAUUGACGCCUUCGUGGGUCGCUAUAGAGCCUGAUACGGUGCACACUGUGAGGGAAGUGUACGAAAAGGCAAAGGCGGAAGGAUGGGCAGUGGAUUAUUAUCGCAUUCCCAUUGCUGCCAGUCAGAGCAUCGAGGAUAAUUACCUCGAUGCGUACGUGCGCAUCCUCAAAGAGCUCGAUCCGCUGCGCACCUCGGUCGUGGCAAAUUGCGGCAUAGGAGCUGUGCGAACGACGAUGGCGAUGGCGACGGCGGUCAUCAUUCGACGCAGACAAAUGAUGGUGCUGCACGGCUACGAUUCGCUGAGCAUCGAGCUGCACAAGUAUGGCUCGCACUCCAACUCGCACGGAUCGACAGCGGAUGGGAGAAGACCUUCGGCGGGUGCCGCCAAUGCCGGACCCCAGGGUAUGGGAGAUGCGCUGGCGAGAGCUUCGGCUCAACACCAGUAUGCGCAGACCCUGCUCAGGCUUAUGCAGCUGCUUGCAAAUACAGUCGGAAGCAGCAGCAGCUUUGACUCGAGGACUAUUCUAGACACUUUGCUAGGCAAUCCUUCCCUAUUUGACGCGUUCCAGAGAGCAUUUAGGGGAGACUACGGCAUCAUCAGGUCGUUGUGUGGGCUGUUGGAGAAGGGCAUCGAGAGCAAACGCGUGGCGGACAUUACGCUGGAUGCGUGCGGCGCAGUCGUCAACCUGCGCGAGCAGAUCUUGACGGAAAGAGUAGCCUUCGCAGUGGCCAAGCAUGAUCCCAAAAAGGCCGACUUGGCGGAUGUCCAAAGAGAUGCGCUUCACGUGCGAGGCGAUCAUGCGGCUGCGCGACUGGGUCGAGCAGUGCGAACGCUGGAGCAGUACGUCUCGCUGGUCGUCUUUGCAGAGUACAGCAGCGGGAGCGAAACUGCUGCGUUCACGCAUCGAUUCAGCACGUACUUGAAAGGGAGACCGGAGGUGUGGCACACGAUCCUCAGGAUCAGAAGCAAAGGAGCCCAGCUUUACCUUUUCGACCCCUUGCAGGAUCUCAGCAUACUUAGCAGACCAGGCGCGGGCUUGCCAAUGUCCAAAAGUCAAAUCAUGGGAGGCAAGUCUGGCCUGCAUCGAGCGGUUGGAGCGGCCACCGGCACGUCUGAACAACCUGGAGACGAGUUUGCCGACCACAUUGUCAGGAGCAGAGCAGGAAUCGUGCUUCGUGCAGGCAUGCUCUUGAAAGAAGAUGUUUGGAGAAAUUUUCUGCAGCGCAAUGUCUUGUUGUCUAGAGCUGCUGCGGGUGUGGGGACCGUGCCUGGAGCAAAUCUGCUUCGCCGAGUACCCGAGACGAACAUCUGGGUGACGGGACAGCCCACUACGCAAGGUAUUGCUGGCAUUCUUCGAGCCAUUGCUUCCCAAGUCGCACCCGAUCGCGAGGCGCGGGCGCGCAGCGCGGUGGCGGUGACGUGGCUCAAUCUGCGAGAGGAACCGCUCUGUCUGAUCAAUGGCAAGCCGGUCGUACUGCGACAGCAGGGGUCUUCCUUGCGAAACGUGAGGGAAUUUGCAGGCAUAUCGUGGGACCGUCUGACGCUGCUGGAAGAUAGACUCAAGACGGACUGUUUGGCCGAGCUAGAACUGGGAGAGGGGAAAAUUUUGCUGCAUCACGAGACGGACGAAGGAGAUGUGGCUCCCCGAUGGGAAGAGACGCGCGCGGAAGACGUGCAGACGCUUCAGGAAGUCAUGGAUAGUGUAGCUGCUCAAUUCGAAAGGGACGAAGCGGGUGCAGUGACGCUGUCCUACAGGCGCAUACCCAUGACGGCCGAAAGACCACCGGAUCUGGCCGACUUUGACGCUAUUGUCAGACUGGUCGUCAAGGCGGAUCGAGAAUGCGAUGCGGCAAUCGUGCUCAAUGACCAGCUUGGUAGAGGAAGGGGCACCCUCGCAGCCGUCAUUGUUCUGCUCAUCAAACGCUGGAUCGAUCGACAUCGCCGAAACGAUGCUUUAGCGAGCUCGACGCGACGAGCAGAUGCGGAUUCGCAGGCGCAGGUGGAUGACGUGUCUGGCUUGCAAGCCAAGGCGCUCAGCUACCACGUCAUCAAUACUCUUUUGCGCAUCGUGCCGCACGGUUUGGAAGUAAAAGCUACGGUAGACGAGUGUGUGGACAUGUGCGCGCAAGGCGGAGCUACGGCAGUGAACCUGCGCGAAGCGAUCGAGCACUCUCGCUUGCAGGCCGAGGAGGCAGGAGAGACGAGCAAAAAGGGUAGAUCCUUGUUGCAGUCUUCCAUCAUCAAUCUGAGACGCUACUAUGAGCUGUGCGUAUUUCAAGCGUACCUGUCCGCUUCCAUUCCGGACACGCUCGACUCGUUGCCCAGCUUUGAGCAUUGGAUCAAGCGACAACCAGUCUUGGAGACGCUUUCCGCCGAAUUUGCAAAGGCGGCCAUGCACACGGUGACGCCACUGCAAAAGUUGGACAACUUUGAGGGAAUGGCGCUUCAGCAAGAAGUGCAGGAUGUCGUCGCGAAUAGGAAUGGCGGUGUACUGUCGGCGUACACGAUGCUCAAGUCGGACAUGUUCCCUGGCUUGGCCAAAAUCGCCCUCUCCCAGAUCGAGGGCAUCCCCAACCUUCGAGGCGUGUCUUUGGUACUGGAUGCUAGCGGGGACACACCACCCCGAACGCCCGUCUCGACGGCCCCAACGGCUGCAGAGCUGAGAACUUGGGGACACGGCAUGCCCUCGAUUGAGGGUCUGCGCAAGGGCCUAGAGCAUAUGGGAGCUGGACCGGGAGGUUCUCAAAGAGUUGUCGCCUCUUCGUUGAGAGAGGAGCCGGUCCUGUUCAUCAAGGGCAGACCUCACGUUCUUCGGCUUGCCGAUCAGCCUUUGACCAAUGUCGAAGCGACGGGCAUCACGGUGAACGUGGUCGAGUCGAUGGAAGCAUCUCUGAAGGAUGACAUUUUGCUAGAGAUUGAAAAGUACAAUGGACGGGUGCUGCUGCACGACGAGCUAGAGCUCGAGGGAGGCAGGUUCGAAAUCGUUCCGCAAUGGUUCAGCGUAUCCCCUUCCGAGGUCUUGACGCCUCGAGAAGUGUACGAGACGGUGGCGGCGGAAGGUUACCGGGUGGAUUAUGCCCGCAUACCCGUUACGGACGAACAGGCUCCCGUACCUGCUGUAUUUUCGGAGCUGGAAAGCCGCGUGCAGUUAGCCCUGCGGACAGACUCUAGUCCGGCUUUCAAUUGCCAGAUGGGCCGAGGACGGACGACUACUGGACUGAUCAUCGCCGUGCUCGUCACGACCGUGAGCCACUAUGCAGAAGAUCUCAUCGCGGCCGAGAGCGGCUCUACAUUCCCCAGCGCACUCUUUGGUCAGGUGUCUGGAGCCGAGGAGGGCAGCGAUUUGCCAUCGCAAGAUGGCGACAAAUUGUCGCUCAUGGAUGGCGCCAAAGAUGCGAUGGACAAUAGGGAGGAUGAGCUUUGGUUGGCUGGAGAGUAUCGAAGCGUGCUCCAGCUCGUCGGCGUCCUUUCGCACGGCAAGAUGGCCAAAAAGCUGACGGAUCGGGCCAUUGACGCGUGCGAUCAGGUGCAAAACCUCCGCAAGGCGGUCUACGACGCCAAGCUGCGUGCUGAGAAUGCCGACGCGGGUACAAUCAAGCAUCGUCAUCUCUCAAAAGUCUACAACAAUUACUUGCAACGCUACGGCUAUCUGAUCGUCUUCGCAUCGUACCUGCUAGACAAGGCGCACUGGGCCAUCGAAGGGGACGAUCAAGACGACGCCAGAUCCGUCGUCUCUAGAGCUUCCACCACCGUCUCUGCUGCCGGCGUCAUAUCUCAGGCGACGGAGGGAAGACAUUUUCCUAGCUUUUUGGAAUGGCUCAAACCGAGAAGAGAGAUUUCUGACAUUCUUCGAAAGAAGUUGGAAUAGGGAGGCACGUCUUUUCACGUUGUCUGUAAGAGGGGCGCAAUUCUGUGUAUUGGGAUGAGGUGUAGCAUGCAAAAGCGCGAUUUGCGAUGCGACGUGGCUCGACGAUGCUGAUUUGUCUGUUGAUGGGCCGUCUUU